AUGGAAGCCGCACUCCGCGUCGCCGACACCAUCAAAUCAUUCCGCGAAACCCGCCUCAGCGCUCUGCGCCCGCCGAACGAGUUCUUCGACGCGCACCGCCUCUCGCGACCUGCAGACCUCAACACCGCCGUCUCGCGGAUAUCGUACAACACCCGCUACUUCUCAGGCAACUACGGGCUCAUCGUUGCCGUGUUGGCCGUCUAUGCCCUCAUCACGAGCCCCUUGCUCCUCAUCUCCCUCGGCUUCCUCAUCGGAGGAUUCGCCGCCAUCAACAAGUUCGCCCCCGAGCCGAUGCAAGUCGGCGAGCACGUCGUCACCCAAAAAUCGCUCUACACCGGCCUCUUCGUCAUCGGCCUCCCGCUCCUCUGGUGGUCGUCCCCGCUCGGCACGUUCUUCUGGCUCGUGGGCGCCUCCGCGGUGCUCAUCCUCGGGCACGCGAUGAUCAUCGAGCCUGGGAUCGAGAGCGAGUACGCGACCGUGCAGGAGAGCGUGUGA